CGUGAGUAUUCCAAGGUUUGUGUUCAGGGCAUUCAGGUACGGGGUGCAGAGAUGUUGGAACGCUAUGCUGUGUCCUUGUGCAGCGUUAUUUGUACGCUCUGAUAUGCAGGGGCGGUUGAGAACAGCGUGGAUUGAGUUGGAGAAGGGAGAGAAGUCGAUCAAAGAUAUUAGAUGAAGAAACCACGCAAGCCACAUUUUUUUCCGCACGGGAGGGAUGAAGCAACUAGAAUUUGAGAAUUUGAUCAGAUCCAGAUACGAGUUAUAGAUAGCUAGAGGGGUAAACCUUGUCCGAACCAGCAGGACAAUUCCUCAUUCCUCAGAUAUUGAUGGUAGAUUCAGCUGCAAACCCUCCAUGACGCCGGUGGACAGGAUGCAGCUAAUAAGCAACCGAGGCUACAGGCGGCUGGUCAGAUGAACAGAGGCAUGCAACUUGACGUCUUCUCGUCUUCAUAGCGCGUGGUCAAUUGGGCGAGAGUGAUUGGGAAUUCGGCGAGAGGAUGCAAAAACGAAGACGGCGAUGAGAGAGGGGAAAGGCGGGAUGGGUGAUGUUGGUUUUGUUGAGGAGCAGGUACCUGUACAAGAUUUUGCACUGAAGCAACGCUUCUGGGCGUGUACCGGUACCCAACUCCGCAUUCAACAGUAUUCCGUAUUCCAUGGCAGAUUGACCGUGUUAGUCUGAAUAACUGAAGACUCAAGAGGAUUAAAGAUGCCAAAAUAGUUCCAUUAUUCCAUAGUUAUAUUUCCGUACUCAGCUUGUACGUGUAUUUGUGCUUCAUCCAAUUUUUAGAGACCAAGCCAAUGAGAUAAAUAUUAAAAUAAAUACUGAAGAAUAUUUAAACAAAUAAAUAAAUGCAAGACGUUUUGGUUUUGCUAUGGAAUCUAUCUACUAAAUACUCUAUUUACUUCCCAGCCCAAUCUCCCUUUUUUUUUUUUUUUUCCCCUUUUUCAUUGUAUGUAAAUAAGUUAAAGCUGUCUGGUUUGGUUGCUGAGUCUGCCGCUGUUGGUGUUGCUGAGUUGCGUGCGAGUCCAAGUCCACAUCCACAUCCGCUUCCACUUCCAACUUCUCCUAUUUAUUUAAAUAUCUUCAUCUCUGUUUCAUCUCCUUUCGGUUCCUUGUCUACACCCUCUCCCCCGUCCCUCUCCACUCGUUUGUCCGCCUUGUUGCUGUACGUGUUCGUCCUCUGGCUGGAUGUUCCAUUCUCUCUUGCUAAAUAACCUAGCUUGAACACCUCCAGAGCUCUCUCUCUCCCUGUCCAGAAAACUUUCCGAGGGUUUCACACUCCACAACGCCUCACCAGGAACGAGAUCCCACAAUCCAGACGACGAAAAAUAACCACCUCUUCCAUCCCCUCUCCAACGACUCCAUCCCCAUUAAUAUACACUCAGGCGAUUUACUAGCUUCGAUAUCGUCGGUGUCCGCGACCAAUUGGCCCCGAAAUCUCAGUCUCGUCGCUCCGCUCGCGGGUAGUUUCCCUCCCCGCGUCCGCAGGCGACACUUAUAACAGAAGCUCCACCACAACUGCUUGCGCACCAUAUUGCCCGUUCGAACGGCUCUCUGUAGCUGGGCGGUUAUCGCCACGGCUACCCUUUCUAUACAAUGGUGAAGACCCUCUCCAGCCAGCCCAAUUCAGUUUCCGAAGUCAAUGCCUGUGUUUCUCCCAUGGAAGGCUGUCGGGCGGCCAAGAUGAAGCCAAAAGAGGAGACCAAUUUUCGACAAUGGGUGCUGCAAAAUCAGAUAGGUAUCUGCAUCACCAUCCUCACAAUGAUAUUCGCCCUGCACAAUCUCUAUCCAUCUCUAAGACCGUACACCUCCCCUUUCCUGCAAUUACCGCACUACCAGCCUGAGAAGGGUACAUAUGUCCAGGGUUGGGAUGAUCUUUAUUUUGCCAUGGGAGGCGUUCUGGCAUUCACUGCCGUCAGGGCGAUCGCUGUCGAGUGGAUCUUCCAGCCCCUUGCCCGAAGAUACGGUCUGAAGCAUAAGGCCGCCGUCCGGUUGGCGGAACAAGGCUGGCUUCUUGUUUACUAUUUUGGUUUCUGGACUUACGGAGUGUGCCUUUGGUACCAUUCUAAAUACUGGAAUAAUUUCCGCGAGAUAUGGACCGACUGGCCUUCCAGAGACAUCUCCGGCGUCUUCAAGUGGUACUGCCUGACACAGCUGGCGUUCUGGUUCCAACAGAUCAUCGUCAUCAACAUUGAGGAGAGGCGGAAGGAUUACUAUCAGAUGCUGGUUCACCACAUCGUCACAAGCACUCUUUUAGGCUCUGCUUAUGUCUAUGGCUUCUACAACGUCGCCAACGUCGUCCUCUGUAUCAUGGACAUCGUCGAUUUCCUGCUGCCGGCCGCAAAAAUCCUUAAAUACCUCGGAUACGAACGCGCCUGCACCGUAGGGUUCAUAGUCUUCCUCGUCACCUGGGUAAUAUCGCGCCACAUCAUCUACAACCUCCUUUGGUGGUCUAUCUACGUCAACGUCCCCGACGUUAUGCCCUACGGCUGCUACUCCGCCACGACAACGAAGAUGAUCUCACCCGCUGCCAACACCACCCUGGACAACGGCGCCGCAUCCAUAGACCUAAACAACUGGAACCACCUCCUCCACCCAUUCCAAGACCUGGGCGGCCGCAUCUGCAUGAGCCCGCGCAUCAAAUGGGUGUUCCUCUCUUUCUUGCUUUUCCUACAGAUCCUCGCCCUUAUAUGGUUCACGAUGAUUCUGCGUGUGGCUGUUAAGGUGCUGAAGAGCGGGUCAGCGGAGGACUCACGGAGCGAUGACGAAGGGGAGGAGGAAGAAGAAGUGAAUUCGGAGACUACGAGGAUGGGUGGAAAUGGGACAAUUGCUGGUGUUCGUGAUGGGAUUAAUGGUAAUGGGACCGCGAUCGUUUCGGGCAGUUCUACUUCAUCGUCAACCGCGCAGGGUCAUCAUCCUGUGCGAAUUCGGACGGGUCGGGGCCGGGUUACGUUGAGUGAUCAGAAUGACCGGAAAGCGUUGUUGGGGCGCAUUGGGUGUGAUAAACCCUCAUGAAAAUGGGUAAAAUCUAUUUCCCCCCCUUUUUCUACGAGCACAUUUUUUGUUCUUUUUUUUCAAUUUGGUUCGAUUUGAUUUAAUUGAAGAUGAAAACCAGAUUUCUGCAAUAUCUAGUUCUCUUUUUUAUAUAUUUUGUUUCUACAUUCUGAUAUUUCUUUUCCUGCUUUUCUUUCAUACCCUCACUUUAUUUUAAUCUGCGCUGUUAGUAUCAGUCACAUCUAUUUACUUCCUGAUUCCUGCUUGUACCCAUUUCCGUCUUCCUUCCUUUCUUUUUAUAUUCUAACAGGCCUCUUUUACAUCACUUACCAUGCCUGCAUCAUGAAUUCCCUUCCGUUUUGCUGCUAGCUUUACCCCGCCAUUCACACCAUGAAAGACCUUGCUUGACCUUUUCCCCCUUCUCAACCUCCCUCCACAGACUAACAACAGGUCCGUCAUUUUGUUUACACAAAUUUGAGGGAUUAUUCAUGCCUGAUCAUGUUUUCUCCAUACAUACAUACAUUGAUGUCCAAAUGACUUCCCCACGUUGCAGCUCUGUUGUUAUAUCGGCUCUGAUCAUUGGUAUGGUUUAUCGUUUGUCUAAAUCCAGGGGAUGGGAUGAGUGAAGAAUAUGCUGGGAUGGAUGAUAUGACCAGAGAGUUUUUCCUAUUUUGUUUAAACGUUCAAUAUGCACACCUAUUCUGUUUUGAUUUUGAUUUUCCGCUUUGUUUUUUUUGUGUUUAUUACUUUGCUCGCCCAGAUACCACCCUUUUUAAACGGACAUAUUAUAUAUACCCAGCUAAGUAGGUUUUGUUAGAUUUUUUUUUUUUUUUCCGCCCUUCUUUUCGUUCGAUGUUGCUCAGAUGAGGAUUUAUGUGAUUUAGCUACAGAAGACUGAAUUGAGCUUGAUUACUUCUAAAAGAGUGUCUGUAGUUUUCAGCUGCCCACAUAUUUGAGAUUUUAUUUAACUAUAUCAUGGUCACUACUGGCCAGGCUGUUAUCUGUAUGUACAGUACAUUGUCUCUGAAAUUCCCUAAUGAUGAGAUAUAUAUAUAUAUAUAAGAUUUUAUAUUCUCAAACUCUCUCCUUU